AUGGAAUUCACAUAUCAAAUCGAUUUCAGACCACAUAGUAAUUUCACAUAUCCAUCCUAUGGUACAAGUGAAUACAAUGAUUUACACCUUAGAUCUCUUCUUGCUUCAGCUAAAACUUCUCAAGAAUUGCAACCAGUUAAAGUAUAUUUAUUGAGAUAUUUUGCUCAUGCUGAUGUGGGAGUAUAUAGAUGGAUGCCAAGAACUCAAACUUUUAAGCAUUAUAAUAAAGGAGAUGCUUGUGAAUUCCUUAUUCCAUGUGGUACUAAAAAGGUUAUUAAUGAUGAGGGUGAAGUGAUAAAUGAAUUUAGUUUUCUAUCAUGGUUUUUAAAUAAGACUCCAUUCUUUGCCCUUGAAGUUAAUACAACUCAUUCUCAUGUCUAUCAAGCUCCAGAUGGUGGAGAAGUCCUUUGUUCUUCUGAUAAAAAGCAAGAACUAUAUGAUGGGAUUAAUUUCAUAAAUAGCUACUGGCCAAAAAUGCAAAAAUCAAUGUUUCUUUAUUCAGGUGCAGGAACUGGUAAAACAAUGCUUACAUGGUUUCUCCAAGGAAUGGUUCUUGGCCCCAAAAUUACCCAUAAAACUACUAAUGAAAGAAUUAUUACCACACAAUUUAAUAAAGAAUUGAAAGGUAAAGUUUUACUUGUUCUUGAAGAAAUGUCUAACUCAAAAUCUGGUGACUGGAUAGCAUUUGCAAAUCAACUUAAAGACUUUAUUGAUAGUGAUACCUUAAUGAUAGAAGAAAAGCAUAAUACUUCAUAUCCAGUUACUAAUGUUACAAAUCUAAACAAUUUAUUUAGAUAA